GGUGGUGGUUGGUGGUCCAAGGGUCCAAGUUACAACAGCUCAAUACUGUCAAAGGGGUCGAGUAACAGCACUAAAGAGUGCGACAGUCGAUCAAUGUUCUUCGUGAAAAGCGGGAAAGCCCCUCAACUUGAGGCGCAUCUCUGUCAGACACAGUAUUACUCGGCGGAUGUCCCGGUCACUGUCGUGCUCAAUCAAUCAUCGACACAGAUCAUUAUUGAUCGCGAAGAAUAUUCACGGAACAGGCAACCCCUUGAUCCCUCCAAAUACAAUACUUUGCAGCUUGAAGAUGCCUUCCUCAGUCCCAGCUGGUCAACUAAAUUUGCGACCUCAUCUCAGGCUCACUAUGCCGGCCCUUUGCUAGCUAUUGCGGCAGGUCCCGGCUACAACAACGAUCCGGAGGAAAUCCUCGAAAGCACCGACGUGGUCCAAAGAGCUUCUGAGAUGCAUCAGCAAUUUUUCGGAGAGAUGGUUCUUCUCGAGCUCGAAAACAGGCUAGACCAGAGCAUUGAAGCUGCUUCAGGUCUGAUAACCACCACAGAACAAAGAGUCAUCGUUAACAUUGGGGUUGGUAUAACAUUAGGGGCACUUCUCCUGUUGACAACCUGUGGUAUUGUGGCAGUAACUUAUUACAGCAAUCUCAGUCGAAGGUCUCUCAAUCUCCACCAAGAUCCAGGUCAAAUCGCUGUUGCAGCUUCACUGGUCGUUGGAGACACAAAUGCAAAGUCAGCCUUCGCUGGUAGUGGUCAGUUGUCGAAGGAGGCAUUAAGCCAGAGACUUGCUAGCUUUCGAUUCUCCAUGUACCGCGGAUCCCUGUUUGCUGCUCCUGAGGACUGUGCAUCUCGGUCUGAAAAUCCAAUACCUGCGAUCCUUCGAACCUGGAUGUGUCCACCACUUCUGGUAUUCCUCUUUGUCCUAUUGGCCUGUAUCGCUACGUUCUUCCAGAUCUCUCGCACAAGCGGUAUACACCAGGCGCCCUUUGUCUAUGAGUUCAAAACGCAGAUUUUCAACACUGCUGCCAAAUUGGCUCCGUAUUCUAUCCUGCCGACUCUUCUUGCGGUCGGGGUCAAACUAUGGAUUGCGGCAGUCGGAGAUACACUGAAGAGGUUUCAGCCUUACAUCACGAUGGCAGAAGCUCCUACGCUUCUUACAGAUUCCGUCUUAGUCGAAUAUCUUAAUACACCCACUGCUUUGGUCUCUCUGAAGGCCUUUAGACACUCUCACUGGAUCCUUGCACUAGCUGGUCUAGGAGCAUUAGCCACUGAAUUUUUCACUGUCAGUAUAUCUGCACUUUGGGAUCUAGAGACCAAGAAUUUGGACCGUUCAAUCAGUAUUACUCAUCAAUUUGAGAUACGCCAGGUGCCCAGAAUCGAUGAGUAUAUCUUGCCCUACCAUGCCCCUGCCUACGCCGAUGUUCAAAGGUAUUAUGUAUUGUCGAGUAUCUACUCAUCUUCACUGCAGAGUUGGUUGUAUAGCGCCACUCUGGAGCUGACUCAUCAGGCACCAACACCACCAUGGAGCAAGGACGCGUGGAGCUUUCUUCCACUUGACACUCGCAACCUCUCGUACAAUGAUGCCUUGAUCAAGGACAUUUCUGCGACUGCCCUGAUACAAGCUCGAAACGCCACGCUUGAAACCCUUGCGGUCCGUGCAAGGUUGGACUGCAAGCCAGAGACUUUCGUAGCCAAUACAUCAUCUUGGGUAGAGAAAAUCGACUUCAAGAACAGGACAAUGUGGAAUUCUACCAACAAGCCACCGAAUCUGGACCAUGGUUACAUCUUGAGAGGUCCUGCUAACAUGGGAUCUGGAAGCGAAUAUCUGACCUGUUGCGGGAAUACAACAAAUGGCACUUCUGGGACUGCAGCCGUUGGUUAUUGGUCCAACCUAGACUAUUCAAGUUCAUCGAUCAACACCGAAAAGGAAACGUGGUCCUAUGAACAGAUGUCGAUGACCUCGAAAUGGAUUGUAGGCCGUCCUUUGGACACGCUUUAUCAACCAUACCCUAACAACACAAACAAUCCUGCUCGUUGGAUCUGGUUGGAAGAACCGCAGAUCGCCGCAAUAACCUGCACCACCAUCAUAGAGAAGGCAAAUGCUUCCAUCGACGUUUCAACAGACACGGGUGUGGUCUAUGACUACAGGAUACUGGACACACCGGUCAACGCCACAGAGGCCUGGUUGGAUAAAUACUUGUCCCACAAUACAUCCGUUGAUUACUCCGGUGACAUGACCUACAUCGGGACGAACGGGGUUGCUGACCUCAUCAGCUGGGGAUAUAUCUUUCUAGACUCUGUCAUGAAUUCUGGUCGUGCCGAGGAUGUUAGCACUACCCAAUGGGAACCCAAUAAGCCGGAAAAUCUAGAAGACCGCGCCUUCAACUUCCGGAUCAGAGGGCUGAACGCUGAUUUCAUGUCUUACUCCAUGCUACAGCUCGCCAACAACAGCAAAGAAGCCUUGCUUGAUACUGAUACACUGAUCAGUCUUGCCAACAAGACAUUUGGCGUCUUCUUCAAACACUUUGCUUCCGAGAAUGUCACGAGUUCGUUGGGAGGUAAUGUAUAUCAACCGAUUGGUGCAAAACUACCUUGGAGUCUGGGGUUCGUGACAAACAAUACCAUGUACGCAACAGCCAGCGACGUACCCGCUGCAUAUCAAGGAGCACUGGGUGUCGAAAAUAGUACAGCAUCAACACCCAGAUCGACGAGCGCGAUACUCCAUGUUCCUGUGGAGCAGCUAGUCAUGUCGCCCACUGCAGUCAUACUAUGCUUGUCCCUGCUAGCCUUCUUGAUCUUAGCCAUCACAGUCAUUUUUACCGCGAAUCGCAAUACUAUCAAGAAACUUCCUCGCGACGUCGAUACUUUGGCCAGCACACUUGCUUUCGUAUACGGUAGCGAGAAAUUGCUCGACUGGGUACAAACACGAUCGGAAAAGCAAAAGCCGUGGUACAAGGGCUGGACUUUCAGAGAUAGUCAAGCAGGAGCAACAAAACAAAGGGCGAUGAUGGGGUCAUUCAAGAAUGCUGAUGGUGCGCAGCUAUGGGGCAUAGAGCUUUGCGAGGAGGAUGACUAUGUUGAUGAGGGUGUAAGUGCAUCUCGUAGUGAUUCUAUAAAAUUGGAGUCACUGGAAGUAAAGCAAGCUAACGGUGAUGGGUCUGAAGAGCAUGUGAGGUUUCUCGGCGAGAGGAGGGAUGAGAGUGGUGAGGGGACA